GGUCUUGGUUCUGGUUCUGGGUCUGGUCUUGGUUCUGGUUCUGGUUCUGGUUCUGGUCAUGGUUCUGGUUCUGGUUCUGGUCUUGGUUCUGGUCUUGGUUCUGGUUCUGGUCUUGGUUCUGGUUCUGGUCUUGGUUCUUGUUCUGGUCUUGGUCUUGGUUCUGGUUCUGGUUCUGGUCUUGGAUCUGGUUCUGGUUCUGGUCCUGGUCUUGGAUCUGGUUCUGAUCUUGGUUUUGGUUCUGGUUCUGGUCUUGGUCUUGGUUCUGGUUCUGGUUCUGGUCUUGGAUCUGGUUCUGGUUCUGGUCCUGGUCUUGGUCUUGGUUCUGGUCUUGGUCUUGGUUCUGGUCUUGGUUCUGGUUAUGGUCUUGGUUCUGGUCUUGGUUCUGGUUCUGGUCUUGGUUCUGGUUCUGGUCUUGGUUCUGGUUCUGGUUCUGGUCUUGGUUCUGGUUCUGGUCUUGGUUCUAGUUCUGGUUCUGGUAUUGGUCUUGGUACUGGUUCUGGUUCUGGUCAUGGUUCUGGUUCUGGUUCUGGUCUUGGUUCUGGUUCUGGUCUUGGUCGUGGUCUUGGUCUUGGUCUUGUUUCUGGUUCUGGUCUUGGUCUUGGUUCUGGUUCUGGGCUUGGUUCUGGUUCUGGUUCUGGUCUUGGUUCUGGUCUUGGUCUUGGUCUUGGUUUUGGUUCUGGUCUUGGUCUUGGUUCUGGUUCUGGUCUUGGUCUUGGUUCUGGUUCUGGUCUUGGUUCUGGUCUUGGUUCUGGUUCUGGUCUUGGUUCUGGUUCUGGUCUUGGUCUUGGUUCUGGUUCUGGGUCUGGUCUUGGUUCUGGUUCUGGUUCUGGUGUUGGUCUUGGUUCUGGUUCUGGUUCUGGUCUUGGUCUUGGUUCUGGUUCUGGUCUUGGUUCUGGUUCUGGUCUUGGUUCUGGUUCUGGUCUUGGUCGUGGUCUUGGUCUUGGUCUUGGUUCUGGUUCUGGUCUUGGUCUUGGUUCUGGUUCUGGGCUUGGUUCUGGUUCUGGUUCUGGUUCUGGUCUUGGUUCUGGUCUUGGUCUUGGUCUUGGUUCUGGUUCUGGUCUUGGUCUUGGUUCUGGUUCUGGUCUUGGUCUUGGUUCUGGUUCUGGUCUUGGUUCUGGUCUUGGUUCUGGUUCUGGUCUUGGUUCUGGUUCUGGUCUUGGUCUUGGUUCU